UACUGAUAUUUUCUGCCCGUUGCACUCUCCGGUGCCACCCCACGCCCCAACAACGCCGAUAAGACCCGCCGCCGGCUCUUGACUAUCAGAGAGAAAGAGAGAGAGAGAGAGAGAGGGAGAGUUCAUGGGCAUCUUGAAACCCUAAACCCUUAUGAGAAGAAGCAGAUAGAACCAUGUCAAUCUUUCAUCUUCCAAGGCUCCCCUCUCACUUCCCCAUCUUCAUCUGCUCGAAGCCCAUAUUGCCCGCCGCCGCCGCACUCUUCUCCUCCCCCAAAACCAACCCAAUCUCCCACUUCUCCUCAAUCCCAACUCUCUCCACUCUCCCCUUACAAACCCCCGAAAAUCUCUCCCCCUCGGAAGAGCCCCACCUCGAGAUUCCGAUAGACAAGCUCUUUGUCCCGCCCGAAACCGACGUUUCACCCCAAAACGCGCCCCUGAGCUCGAGAAUCUUGAAGGGUUCCAACAUCGUGCUGAGCAAGUACGCCGGGGACGCCCAGGUGUCGCAGGCGGAGUUCGUGAAGAGCAGUGUUCGGACAGAGGAUUGUCCCUCCGACGGGAUGCCGGAGUUCGCGCUUGUGGGGCGCUCAAAUGUCGGGAAAUCUUCGCUGCUCAAUUCGCUUGUUAGGCGGAAGAAGCUCGCUCUGACUUCGAAGAAGCCCGGGAAGACACAAUGCAUCAAUCAUUUUCGAAUCAAUGAUAGUUGGUACCUAGUUGAUUUGCCAGGAUAUGGGUUUGCAGCUGCACCUCAGGAACUUCGAACUGAUUGGGACAAGUUUACCAAAGACUAUUUCCUGAACCGGUCAACUUUGGUCUCAGUUUUCCUCCUCAUAGAUGCUAGCAUCCCUGUGAAGACAAUUGAUCUCGAAUAUGCAAGUUGGCUGGGUCAAAAUCAGAUCCCAAUGACGUUAAUAUUCACCAAAUGUGACAAGCGGAAGAAGAAAAAGAACGGAGGUAAAAGACCUGAAGAAAAUGUGCUAGAUUUUCAGGACUUGAUACGUGACUUCUUCCAAACAGUGCCGCCUUGGAUUAUGACCAGCAGUGUCACCAAUCAAGGUCGAGACGAGAUACUCUUGCACAUGGCUCAGCUGCGAAAUUACUGGCGCAAACAUUAGAUACAAGUCUUCACCUUCUUUGGUUCUGAUCCGUGGUGAGUUCAUGUAGAAUUUCCCUUCUUUAUGUGAAUGCUAGUUUCGUUUUCACAAAAUAUUUUCUUAAAUCUUACUGCAAUUUCCUAGGUUGAUAUUUGAGUAAAAGACUUGUAGGGGUAAUAAAAACCUUUAUCACACUAACCGGCAAUGAAUGAUCUUUCAAACCCGAUGGAGCGAGUGUCAUUCUUACAAACUAGUUAGGCAAUCUUUUAUCCAAGCUACUUGGGAGAAAAGCCUAUUUAAUCUAUUAUCACUUUGCCCAUCUUGCUACUUGACCUCAUCUUAGAACCUGUCUACUCUGUCUUUCCCUCUUGUUGGUAGAUCAAUAGGCAAAAGGCUACCAGAUCUAGCCUUGGUCCCUCAUCCGGGCACUGGACUCCAUUGCUACCAGAUCUCAACUCACACUUGCAGGCGAUUCAACGAACUCUGUAAAUGUACAGGGUAAACGCGUGUUCAUUUUCUUCUACAUGUCUUUGUGAUGUCAGUUGUGCCUAUUUUUCCCCCAAACUUGGCAUUAGGAUCUCUAACCAGACACUGGAAAAAUGGAACUGUUGUCUUCUGUGGUAAAACAAUUUCAGAUGAAACUCCUGUUUUCAGGACAGAUGCUCUGAAAGUGAGAGAUCAGUUUGUGUGAUCCUAAAUUCCUAAUAGUUGAACCAUAAUCUUGGUCUUGUGAUCACAGGAGAGAGGGGCCAAAGGAGGGGGAACUGCCUGACUGAAGAAGGAUGGUUGCUUCAGAGACAAGAAGUCUGGCUAAUUUUUCUGAAGCACUUGCAGAGAUAAAAAAAUUAAGAGACUGGGUGUUGAUUGAGCGAACAACUUUGAAGAGUGACUUGUAAAAUCUUAUACGAGUGCUGGACAGGCACUAAUGUUUGUUUUGUCCUUGUAAAACUCAAAAGCUGAGGUUGCGUUCUCUUUGCUUUUUAAUUUUUAAUUUUAAGUUUUGAAUUUAUUUUC